AGUCAGUCAAAAUGGAGAGCACAGGAAAUUGAUUUUCGCAAACAAAAACAAAAUAUAUUCCACCUAAAUAACAGCAAACGGUGUCAUGGAGCCUGCUGUUUUGUCCCCUGAACCUCCUCCAUCCACAUCCUGGGCCCCGGACAAUCCGUUCACACAGCUCAAGUCAGAGAGUGAAGGAAGUAAGCCGGGUUCUCCUCUCCUCGCGGACGAAGCCUCGCCUCUCCUUGUAGAAAAUGGCCCCCUUUGUGGGCCCCUCCAGAUACAGACAGAGGUACAAGCAGAGGUCAUAGCUGAACAAACCAUUGCUAUCACUGAAGAAGAGGACAGCUGGAAUGAGGACAGUGAUGUUGUUUCCAUGGAAACCAUGUCAUCUAAUCCCACCCCUGUUCCAGAUGGAGCUGUGGACCUGGCGGUGGACAGAAACAUGACCGACAACUUCAGGUCCUACAUGGAUCACCUGUCUCACCUGUCACCUGAUCAGGAAAGUAACGCGUCACCAUGGCAGCGACCCAACAAUGACCCAAACACGGUAGACAUGUGUUCAUCUUCAGAUGAAUCGUUAGAUGGGAACCAGUCUACACAGGGCUCCAAUGAAGAGGCAGGAACUGACAUGGUGACUACUGACAACAGCAGGAGACGAAGCUUCCUGAGGCAAUCGUUUGGGUCCUGGGGAGACGAGACAAAUCCUUAUGAUGUGUAUAACCCCCACAACCCAUAUGCCCUGUUCAAUCUCCCCACUCCAGCCACUCACCAGCAACCCACUACAUUUAAUGGCUUUGAUUACCGGACACAGGUGCUGCCACCGCAUGAUAAUGAGCGAGGGUUCAGGCGUGUUGGACGACAUUCUUCACACACCUCAACCCACAGCUCAAUUAGAGAGAGGUCUGCCCCCAGGGAGAUCAUCCCCCCAGUACCCACUGGGAGGGUAUCCCCUGGGACGAGAGUCUGCUCCCCACCAGCCAUAGUGAGGGUGGGAUCACAGCCCCAUGGGGACAAAAUUGUGGUGGCUCCCCUUUCUGAGAUGGAGACUGUGACUUUAGGAAUUCCAAAUACUUCAUUCCCGAGACCGGAGACUUUGCCAGGAGCUGAGAGAGAUGACCCCCGCGCUCGUCUAGAGGACAGAAUGGAGAUGAAUCUUGAAGCUGGAGCUGAUGAAAGGCAGACAGCGGUUGAACCAAUGUCAUGUAAUUCUAGAUUUUGUCCAGGAUCCCAGCAGGCUAGCCAUAAGUCUGCAGUAGGAGCUGGUAAACUUCGCCAUCCCUGUCCAAACCACAGAGGUGGUCAUCAUUGGAGGAAUCAGAGGCUAGGUGGACAUUCCUGUGCCAGGGUCUCCCAUUCUCACACACUGAAUGGCAGAAGUUCCCCAUUCUGUGACCAUUCCCUUCCUACCAGCUCCACUUCCAGGGAAAACUCCACAAGUGCAAUAAUGAAUGGACAAAAUGUACUUCAGGCCGAGUCCAAACCUCAGAGGGAGCAGCUAAUGGGGGCUACAGGAACGGUCAGUGUUCUGGAGCACAGGUCAGAGGGCGAGGGUCGGGAGGUCAGUGAUUUACUGAGACCUGUUACGUAUGAGGAGGAGACAGGUGCCCCCUUGGCAGGGUGUCGGGGGGUGAACGUCCUCCACAGUGACAGUGAGGGGGAGGAGCUGGGCAGUAUUGACCUGACCCAGUCUGACCUAGAGGAGAGGGGCCCGGGAGAGGGAGCAGAGAGGAGGCACUCGCCAAUCGCCCCCAUCCUCCCUUUUGAUACAGAUGACCACAGCACGUCGUACCAGUCCGACGACAGCGACGUAGAGGUCAUACGAGUGGACAACGGAGAAAGGCUUGCUCGUACAAUGCAGGAGUCGAUAGGGAGAGCGACGGUUGUAGUAGAUCUCACCGAGUCAGAUGACGACCAAGAAAAUAGCCGAUCCAACUUCACCUCUUUCAAUGUGCCCCGUACAUCCCAGCCCGCCCCUGUGGAAAAUCGUCAACCUAGUGCUGCCGCCAGUUUUUCCUGUGCGUCUGGUAACUCUGAGUCUGGUGCUGGGGCCCCUGCCCCCCAGACCUCCAUGUUCCAGCCCAUUCCCCGGGGGUACAGACAACCCCCGCCAGCCCAUGUCCAUCCUAACUUUGGUAUGCCCAUGGCACCAAUGUGUCGAUCUCAUGACCAUGGACAGGCCUGCAGUGGGCAUGGAUGCAAUCAGCAUCCUCCAGCGCAUAUGCUUCCCUGUUCAGAACGUCUAGGCUGUGCGUUCCACGAGAAUGGCCAUCCCCACAUGAAUGUCAAUCAUCCUAGUCACAUGUCAGGGCCACACCCAGGCCACACCCACAUGGGGGCCAGUCACAGUAGCCAUGGACACCCUUCCUCAUUACCAGGACAUCCGUCUCGUUCCCAUGGUGGCAUGCACCCCCACCACCAUCUACAGCGGCAUUCCCAUGGGGCCCAAGGAUCUUGUGGAGCUAACUGUACCCACGGAAUGGCACCUCAUAUGCACCACGCGGCUCCACCCCCCCAACCGCCGAGAGCCCACAUACACCACCACCACUACCACCCCCCUCCAAUCCUCCCCGCAGGGGUCAUGCCCUUCCUGUUACCACAGCAACCCAUGCCUGAUAUGUCAACUAGGAACAUUGAAGGAAUGCCUUUGUUUCAACACAACUCCAUCAGUUCUGCCAGCUGUUUACAGAAUGGAGCCCCGCCCCCCAUGAUGAACUGGCCCCGAUCUCAGCCCCAGAUGACCCCGGGGCAGUGUGGGGCAUCCUUCACCAGUCAGAGGGCCACACCUAACCCCCACCACCCUCCAGAAGCCAUGAAUACUUCUUGUGGUCAGAACCAGAUGACCCCCGGUCCCCCAUCAGGCCCCCCUCACCAGAUGAAUCCUCCUCAUCAACAUCUUCAUCAUCAUCUUCAUCACUAUCAUCACCCUCCCAGGAUUCAUCACUUCCCCAUCGCUCCAGGGAUGCCCUCGGACUUUGCUCCUAUUCAUCAGAUUCCGCCCGUGCAUCCCCACCCUCUCCCAGCGUUUACUUAUCUGCCAAAUAUCAACCUCAACCGAAACUUCCAGCUGAGGAUGGGACGCAUGAUGAUGCCUCACAGACCCACCUAUGAGGAGCUGCUGAGUCUGGAGGAGAGGCUGGGUAAUGUGAACAGAGGGGCCACUCAGGAUAUCAUCGAGAUGAACACGCUGCCGUACAAAUACAAAAAGAUGAAGAAGGAUGGGGAUGACGACCAACAGGAAGAGAAGUGUACAAUUUGUCUGAGUGAGUUUGAGAUGGAGGAAGAUGUCAGACGCCUUCCAUGUAUGCAUUUAUUCCACAUUCAGUGUGUAGAUCAAUGGCUGACAACAAACAAAAAAUGUCCUAUCUGUCGAGUGGACAUAGAGGCGGGAAGCAAGGGACACAUUGCACACGAGUGACAGUUAUAAGUGACAGCUGAAGGGGUGUGACUUCUCAAUGAUUGACAGCUGAAGGUGUGGCUUAUCAAUGAUUGACAGCUAAAGGAUGUGACUUAUCAAUGAUUGACAGCUGAAGGGUGUGACUUCUCAGUGAUUGACAGCUAAAGGAUGUGACUUCUCAAUGAUUGACAGCCAAAGGGCUGUGGCUUAUCAAUGAUUGACAGCUGAAGGAAUGAAGCUUAAUGGCAUUGAAGAGUGAAAAGGAGCCUGUUUUAUCAACAAAUUAAAAAAGAGCUUUUACACAUUGCCAAAAGUGCAAUGUGAGCUACUGGUGAAAUGUAAUGGAAUUUUUUUAAUGAUUGUGGCUUAGAAUAAUUAGCAGAAUGCAAAAAAGUCUAAAGAAUUCUGAAAAAGUUAGCUAUUCUCAAAUUUCACAUAAAUAUUUGUUGUUAGGAGUAUAUGUAGAAAGUGGUGUUUUUUAACAUACAGUUAUGAUUAUUCUGCACCUACUAAUCAGUGAUGUGAAGUGCUAGCUUACUUAACUGCUUGUUAUCAUAGCUUUAUACAAAUUCCUCUAUAUAGAUUAAUGGUUACCUGUACAUAACAGUUUGAGUUUACUUGUAAUGUUUUGAAUUCAAGUUUACAAAUUUUGAAAAGAAAUCAACUAAGCUAUGUUGUGGAGAAAAAGUCAUUGUUAUAUAUCUAUAGUUUAUAAACAGUUUUCUGCAGGCUUCUAGGAAAAAUUCUGAGUUUGUUUUUUCAUGGUUUCAAAACUUUUUAGUCAUGGAGACAAGAACAAAUCUUGCACACCAAUAAGUUCAGUCAUUGCACAGAUGUUCCACAGUGUGCCUCGCUUUGAAGUAUUUGUGUGUUAUUGAGGUGCUUUAGCUUAUAUAUAAGUCUAUAUUUACAAAAAGUUGCUUCUCUGCAUUUAAAUCCUUUUAUCAAUAGCUGUUGAUUUGUUAUUUGAAGGUGCUAAUAUAUUGUAGUCAAUGUUCACAAAAUCUAUUACUAAUACUAGAGCACAUUUUUUUUAUACAUCUUUAAUUACUUAAUCUUUUGUCACUCAAGGUUUGUUCAUGAUAUUAUGUGGUUUGAGUUGUUAAACUGGUCAAAGCUGGUUUGAGUCAUCUGUGAUUUGGGUCUGUAGGCUUAGAUCACCUGUACUUGGGGUUUGUGAUUUGGAUUUUUAAGCAAUGAUCCCCAGUAAUUUGGGUCUUUAGGCUAUAGUCUGCAGUGACUUGGGUCUAGGCUAUAGUCAGAAGCGAUUUGGUUCUUUAGGCUAGAGCCUGCUGUGAGUUAGGUCUUUAGGCUAUAAUCAGUAGUGAUUUUGGUCUUAAGACUAUGAUUACUUGUGGUUUGGGUCUUUAGGCAUAGCCUGCAGGUAUUUGGGUCUUUAGGCUAUAGUCUGCAGUGGUUUUGGUCUUUAGGCUAUAGUCUGCAGUGGUUUGGGUCUUUAGGCAUAGCCUGCAGGUAUUUGGGUCUUUAGGCUAUAGUCUGCAGUAAUUUGGGUCUUUAGGCAUAGCCUGCAGGUAUUUGGGUCUUAACGCUAUAGUCUGCAAUGGUUUUGGUCUUCAUAUUAUAAUUUAUGAUCUCUAAGCUACAAUUACAUUUGACCUUGGUCUUUAUUUUCUGCCCUUGUCACGUGAUCUAGCUGUGUCAAUGUGUGUAGAAUAUAUUGCCUUAUCUGUUUAGUCUUCCUACCUCUUAGCAUCACAGAAUAAUGAAUACAGGGAUAUGAUGGCCCGCUAUAUUUUUGCAUUUUCUAAUUACCCUUGCAAGUUCAAAAUUGGACAAAUAUACAAAAAGUGCAAGUUUUGAAGUUGUAGAAACUGGUUAUCUGACAAUUUAAAAAGCAUAUAUUGUCCCUGAAUGCAGCAGUAUUUUAGCUUAGAGAGUGUGUUCUUUUUUUAAGCAUGAUGCAAUAAUUGGUCAGGGGCAGAUUUUUAUAUACAUGUGUAGUUUACCUCUCAAGUAAAUUCCAUUGAGAUGGUAAGUUUGUUUGACAUUUCAGAAUAUGUAGUAAACAAUUGUAUACCUCUUUUGCAUAUAAUCAAAUUGGGUAGAGUGGCUCUUCAACCCUGGGUAGAACCUAGUAGGCCCAACACCCAGAUAUUCAGGCCUGUCCUUGCUUAGUUUUGGUGUUUACUAAUUGUUUUAUUGUUUUUAUCCCUGAUUAUAGGUUUGUUAUUCCUGUGUACUCUGUUGUUUGCCUUUUGCCAUCAUUGUGAACCACAGGUUAUAAUCUGGUUGCUCGCUCUAUUUCUGUCUUGUGGCUUGCGAGGGUGGUCUAACUUCCUGUGAUAAUUUGCUCCCCCCAUGCUUGUAUUUAUUUUUUGAAUGAGUUGAUUAAUAUAAUCUGUGUAUGGGUUGUCAAUUAAAAAAAUAUCAUCUGAAGUUCAACCUUGAUUUUUUAUACCUGAACUUCAGAUUUUAUCUAACCCCAGUAAAAGUAUUGUUAGAAGUAUAACCUUUUAAAAAACACCUUUAUUUUUUUUGUUUUAUAUAUAUGAUGGUGAGUGCAGUAUACCCAUAGUUGUUGUGGUAUAGCUAGUGAUUUUUAUAUCAAAACUAUAUGGUUAUGGGUAAAACACAAUUCCUUCUAGUAUUUACAUUUGUUGGGUAGUGUUGAGAUGUGUACUACUAUUAAAUGGUAUGUGUAUGUAUGUGAUGUGCUAUUCUUUCUAAAGUCAAUACACCUCUGCUGUUAUUUUUUUUUUCCUGGAGUGAAUGUUAAUUGGGUCCUUGCCAAUAUCUAACAGCUAUCAGUAAUCCAUUAACAAUUUUUCAGCUUGGUGUUACAUGAUAUAUAUUGUAAAAUCAUUAUGAAUUUGUUGUGCACUUAUUAACAAUUUCUUUAGGGCUUGUUUUGGGGAAGUGUUAGAUUUGUGCAUUCAGAUUCACAAUAGCCAAAUAUUCAAAUGUGUCUAGAUAUAUGGUAUUCAGGUGCCAUAAAUGGCAAAAAAAAAGAGAAAAAACUAAAAGGACUUGAUGUUGUGGUAAAUUAAAAGUUGUGAAACUCAUUGAUUUUUCGGGAUUAAAUUUGAAUUUUUUUGGUUUGUACAUUAAUUUUGUAGUGCGUAAAUCUCGGAUGAAGUAUUUGUUAAGAAUUUAAACACAUGGGUUUGUUUUUUAAUUUUUAAAGAAAAAUUUGAUAAUAUAUAUUGUUUCAGUUGAUUUGUAUAUUAACAAAGAUUUACUUAUAAUAUUGGAUAGUGGUUGAAUUUAUACUAGCUGGUGUUUUUUCUGCAUCUGUAUGCUGUAAGUUGGAAUAAACAAAGAAAAAAAAAUUAUGUAUAUUAUAAUAUAAAACAUCUGGUAAAUGUUUAUGUAAAUUAAAAAUCGAUACAGCCUUGUAAAGGCAUGAAAUUAUACUGUAAAUGUGCAUUAGAUAAAAUGAACAGAGAUUAUAAUUGUUCACUAAUUAAUGUAUCUUGUUAAUGAACAGCUUAUUAUUAUAUACACACUUUUACUGUAUUUUUCCCCUUCUUGUGAUUUGUUUGUGAUGUAUUUACAUUUAUAUAUAUUGUCAAUUAACAUGUCAAAAUAAAAACACCUAUUUGAUAA